CAUCUUAGCAGUCACUGCUUACUCAGAGUCCUCUGUCAGAAACUCCGAAGCACGUCCUAAGCCAGAGUAUUACGCAAAAUUAGCAGCCCUAGAGCCGGUGCAGUUGUGACGUGUAACUGAAGGAGAAAAGAAACGGUUGUGUCCCUAUGCCUAUAAGGCCAAGCUUGGUAACUUGGUUCCUGGACUCGGACUUCUAGUGGGAGCUCCAGAGGCCGACAGGCAAGUGCUGGUUACUUGGCUGCGUGCGACUUUGUUAGAAGCGGGAGGUAUGUCUACCUCCGGUCUACCUCCGCCGUCGGGGAUGCCAGCUCUUGGGCCCGCCUUUAGAGGCUCCUCAGUGCUGAACGGCGUCACCUCGGACUCUACAGCGCAUCAUGACUCUAUCUGCGAUAGCGCAUCUUCUGCGUUAGGAAAUCCAUCAGCUUGCGAAGCCUCUUCGGCCUCGCCAACUUACAUCUGGGAUGUCGAUGGUGCGAACAACCUCGUAUCACCACUCCAUAUGGGGUCGAAGAAGAAAGGAGGUUUAUUCUCCGGUCUUAAAAAAAUGUUCCAGCCCCAGAAGGGUGACGGACGCUCUGCGACGGGCCAGGGUCAGCGCGACGUUGGUCGGCAAUUGGACACCUCAGUUGCCGCAUCAGAAGGAGGAGCCGGCUUCCUCGAUCCUUCAAUCACAAAAAUCGACCGCACUGUGAAGGGUCCCAUGGCUCUCAAGACCCAGACCAGCCGUGACCUAUCCCUCGCAGCACUCCUGACCUCCCCAAUUCGAGGACCCCUUCCUCCCGCCUCCCCCGGCGGCCUCAACAGCCCCAUGCCCCCCAUGCGCCUGGAGCACGCCCACUCCGGCUCCCUGCCUCCUGACGGCGACACCACGCCCUUCACCACCAGCAGCGAGCAGCGCCUCUUCCCCAGCUGCCUGCGCAACACCAGCAGCCGCGCGCUGCCGGGCCCCUCCGGCGAGGGCUCCGCGCACGCCGGCACCCUGGUGGGCCGCUACGCCAGCUCCUCCGCCGGGCAGCAGCUCAGCAGCAGCCUCGUCAGCAGCUCCUCCCUGCAGCUGCCCGCGGCACCGCGCAUGCAGAGCCAGGCAUCCAUCCAAAAGAGCUACAGCACCGCCCUACCCGCCCACCUCACCUCCAGCAACGGUGCUGGCAGCGGCGCCUCCAACGGCGGCUCUCCCAACCCGCCGCUGGGCCGCGGUGACAGCGCCGAGGACUACCAACAGCAGCAACAGCAGCAGCAGCUCCUGCGCGGCAGCAGCAGCAACAACAGCAUCAGCGCAGGCCGCCUGGCGCUGCCGUACCUGGCGUCGCAGAAGCACCGGGACGCCUCCUUGUCGUCCCCCGGGCGGAUCCGCAGCUCGCAGAUGCCUGAGGAGGAGCCCGAGCCGCCAGCUCCGGAGCCGGAUGAGGCUGCAGGGGAGGAGGAGGACGAUGUGCCUGGCAGCAUUCUGCUGGGAAUGAACCCCGCGGUGCCUGCUGCCAUGCGGCGGCGGCGGUGGUCGCUGGACGAUUUCCAGGUUGUGAAGCGCAUGUACAAGGGCCAGACCUCGGCUGUGUACCGGGCCACCUGCAUGCGGUCGGGGAUCACCGUGGCACUCAAGGUCUACUUCCUCAGCCGUGUUCCGAUCAACGUGGUGCACAUGAUCCGCCGCGAGAUCGAGCUGCAUGUGCCGCUCACGCACCGCAACAUCGUCAUGCUGUACGCGGCGUUCCAGGAUGAGAAGCACAUCGUGUUGGUGGAGGAGUUCGCGGCGCGGGGCGACCUGUUCGGCAUCCACCGCAGCAUGAACUGCCGCCUCACGGAAACACAGACCUCGGAGCUCAUCCUCGCCCCCUUCCUGGACGCACUCGCCUACCUGCAUGCGCGGGGCAUCAUGCACCGGGACAUCAAGCCGGAGAACAUCUUGUUCACGCAGGAGUGGACGCUGAAGAUUGCGGACUUUGGGGUGAGCAUCAACGUGCACGAGGAGCGGGCGGUCACACGCACCGGCACAGCACUACCUUCCGCUGCGUUGGCGUUGGCGUGUCUUCCACGCACAGCGGACUACAUGGCUCCCGAGGUUGAGCGCUGCCCGCUGAAGCACGCGCCCGAGGACAACAAGGACAACCCCAAUCUCGCGUACACACCCGCAAUAGACAUCUGGAGUGUGGGUGUGCUCGCCUACGAGAUGCUGGUCGGCUUCCCGCCCUUCGUCUCCAACUCUGCCCAAAACGGCGGCCAGCACCCCCACCCCCACCACGAGGAGGGCGGCGGCCGGCCGGGUGCGGGAGUGGCUGCCUUCAUGGCUGAGCAGGCCACCCGCAAGAGCCUGCGCUUCCCCGCCUCCGUGUCGGCGGCCGCCAAGGACUUCAUCAUGGCCACCCUGGCGGAGAACCCGGGGGACAGGCCCACGGCGCAGCAGCUGCUGAAGCACCCCUGGCUGUUCAAAGUGGCGCGGAGGCCCAGCAUCAGCACCUCCCGCUUCUCCAACCCCAACGCGGCCAUUGGAGCGUACUGAGCCCAGCCAUCAUGUACGACAUGUACGACACAUGCAUGUACGGUCGCAUGCACGAUCGCAUGUGUAUCCCUCACGCCCUACCUAGGUGGGCCGUGUGGCUGAGGGUAAGCGGCUGCUGCUGCUGCUGCUGCUUCGGGGCUUGUGCCCCACUACUAUGCGACCCACUGAGGAAUGCAAACUGCCGCGCCACAGCCGCCUUUCUCUUGCCCUUCGAUGGACUGUUCCUCGACCCACAUGCGGACGAGGUAGAUUGCGGCUCGGUCAUAUUGAGGACGUUCGUUCGCCAAUGUUCGUUGGCCUAUUGGUGGCGUGGGCCGUCCUGUGGCCGCGCGGGUACAGUGCCAUUACUGAGCUCUUUUGGAUGUUUAUUUGGGGGCGCUGCUGAGGGCGUUGGGGAGGUGUUGUUGUUGGGAAUGUUGAGUGCGCUGCUUGGAAAACGCACGAGGACUGUGAGGGUUGUUGCCAUUUCCUUACCUCCACCGCUAGCCCCGGGUUGUCUGCCUGGUAACUCGCUUGCUGGUCUUUUUGCUUUGGCGCCUGGCUGCUUUGCAAAACCCUUGCGUCUGCGGUGAGCUUAUGAAAGCGUUGGAAAUGUAUUACGUGUACUUGCAGAGGUUUCUUUGCUUACAUGACUCUUUGAAGUUGCACGCUGUUGCGCCGAUUUGGCGUCAGAAUAAAACAUUGUGAAAUGCGACAAGAGAGUGUGUGUGCGCUUGUCGGUGCAUGACCGGUAUGCAACGCUGCAUUCCAACUCGUUUUGGAAGCUUGGUGUUGGAUGACGAAUGAGGUCCACUACACGACUUACGAGACGGCAGGUUGGCAGCAAGACGUGAGUCUAGCCGGCUACACGUCGGGAUCAACUCCGCAGGCCCUCUGCUUAUCUUCUGCAGGUGUGAAGGUGUGAAGAUGGUGGUGGCUGUGGUGAUGUAGCUGUGAUGUUGGUGGUGUGGGUGCGGGUGGGCGUGGGUGUGAAGCGACACUCAGCUUCCUGCAGUGUGGGCUGCGGCCCACGAGGCGAUCAGUGUUGCCCCCGCGGCAAGGUGCUGCAGGCGCCGUGACAUUAACAACUGCAAAGCCGCGGGAGCAAAAGUCGUUGUUGGCAUUUAUUUGGGGGUGUGAGUGAGCUAAAUAGUGCAUUUAAACCUUCCUGCGCGAGGGCUGUGAGCUCGGUACGUGGGGCGGCGUCUGUUUGUUUGAUGCUAUCAUGGAUGGAGGCGCGUCUGCUUGGUGUGGGUGCGGACCCCUGCCCUGGUGGUGUGUUGGCGUGAAGAACCGUGCAGGAAAAGAUGAACUCAAAAGUUUGUGCGAUCUUGCAUAUAGCGUGGUCACUUGUCCUCGCGAGUGGAAUGUUGGCGCCGAGAUGCGCGGGAAGCGCACGGUGUAUGUCCGGUUGGCCGGAUUGGUGGUGGUGGUGGUGGUGGUGGUGGUCUGGAGGCUAGUGGCCGUCGGCUUCUUGAGGCUUGAUGUGCAAGGGCAGGUAUGGCUCUCGGCCAUCUGUUCUAGGCGGUGCAGGGACCGGUGGCGGGUGGUGGUUGUGUGUAGAUUGAGCUUGUGGGCUUUUGCUUUAAUGUGCGCGAUGUUGACGGUGCGGGCCGGAAGUUAGUUGCUGAGUUGGGAGGUAGCGCUUUCGUUCUUAUCCAUGCAGCCAUGGCCGACAUACCGGGUAUGCGUUUUGCCCGACCUUUCUCGUGGUGUGGGGCUGUGGGCCCUACCUGCCUACCUGCCUGUUACGUGGGAGGCAGCCUUCGUGUCACCACCGAGUGCUGUGAGGCUCGAGGUGAAGGGGCGAGUGUUAAUGAACGACCGUUGCAGUGGUUUCUAGACAUGGGAACACGGGUGAUGUGUUUGCGAUAACGGAAUGAGUUGUGACGGGUGAGAAGCCGGGGGUGUUGCAGGUGGUAGUGCACAGAUGCUUUUGAUGGACGCCACAAGGGUUCACCCUUCUUCCUUUGACAUCUUGGCUUCAAGGCUGCAUUGCCGCCUGUGAGUGUGCCCCUUGCAGUUGUGUUGCUGUUGCUGGGAUGACGGUGGGUGGGUGUUUGGGAGAGAACAGAGAGAUAACGUGAUGCGGUGGGUGCGUGGGGGUUCGCGAACAGUUGAGUAAUCUUCGCAGUAUUGUUGCUCCUGCUGCGCCUCUGUUGAUGGUUGGGUGGGGAGGCGUCGCUGAGCUCUUCGCAUUCACGGUGGAAUUGCGGUUGCGGCAUAUAUAUCUCGUUUGAGUAAAUCUAUUGGCUGCCCUAUCUAUAUACCGGUAUGCGCUGUGUACGGGGAGUCUUGUGCUAGUUGGAUUGCCAGAGGUGAAGGUUGCGGGCUUGGGUAUCGGGUAUUAUGGAAGCAUGCAUCACGGCACGCCGGCUUUCUAUCCUUAUGGUGGAGGAAAUGUACAACAAACCCAACAAGGAAAUGUGCUUGUCGAGCCAAUAAGUAAAGGGCAUUGAACAUUUCAACCGGCGCCCUUUCCUUGAUUGCCCUUGUAAGAUAAUCGGUGCGCUGCACUGCUGCACUUCAUGUUGCAAGUAGGACUCAGGCCCCGGCGGAGAGCCAGGGAGGGCCGGGGGUGGCGGGUAUUGAAAGCCAAC